AUGUAUGCCCGCUGCGAGGUCAUCAGCGAAGAGAAGAACAUCCUUGCCUGCAAAGAAUGCCAUUACAAUUGGGACCAUUUCAAGAAGAAAUAUCUGGUUAAUCAACCACCAGAGAUCAAGCGCAAACACUGGGAAUGGUUCGUUAAGCACCAAAAGAGUGGUCUGAGGGUCGGCAACUUCAAAUGGUUCGAGCAUGACUGCCAGAUCUGCGGUGCUGAAGCAACCCGUACUCCUCCUCCUCCUGGCCAUCCUGACAACAACGUCAAGUUCUGCCAUAAGUGCUAUGACGCAGCGAAGGCUACGAAGAAAACCUGGUCUGCAUGGAAGAGUUUCAUGCUCGGAAAGUUCGAGAAGCUCAAGUUCCAGGGGAACUGCUCUAUCAUGCUUACAAACAGCGGAGUCGGUGGUCUUGGUCUGAAUUUGACAGUGGCCACACGCCUGAUCAACUUUGAUCAAUACUUCAACAAAGCCGCCGAAGUCCACUCAGAGGACGCGACGCCGACACCCUGCUCAAGACAGACGACAGGUUGCUGUUAUCUAGCAUACUGA